UGUGUCGAACUGCAGGAAGGCGUUUUUGCUCCGCUGCGCGUCCGCCUGCCUUUACACGUUGGAAAUGUGGUGGAUGCUGUUUCCCCGCUGGAUCUGGUUUUUGUUUGGGCAGCUCUGCGUCCUGCGCCCGGUCAGGGCUAUGACUAUCUCCAAAGUGGUGUAUUCCCACGCGGGCAUGUGUCCCAAUGAGAUGAAUCCCAACCUCUGGGUGGACGCCAUGAGUACCUGCAUGCGCGAGUGCGAAUCCGAUCAGGACUGUGAGACCUUUGAGAAAUGCUGUUUAAAUGUGUGUGGAAGCAAGAGCUGCGUGGCUGCAAGGUAUAUGGACAUAAAGGGGAACAAAGGACCAAUGGGAAUGCCAAAGGAGGCCACUUGCGACAAGUUCAUGUGUACCCAGCAGGGCUCCGAAUGUGACAUCUGGGAUGGGCAGCCGGUGUGCAAGUGUCGUGACCGUUGUGAGCGGGAACCUCAUUUCACCUGUGCCUCAGAUGGCAUGACCUACUACAACAAGUGCUACAUGGAUGCAGAGGCCUGUUCUAAGGGUGUGACCCUAACUGAGGUCACCUGCCGGUACCACCUGAUGUGGCCCAACACCAGCCCUCUACCCGAAGAAACAACCAUGCAUCCCACCACGGUCCGCCUGGAGACAACCCCUAUGGACAUUCAGCCCCCCACCAUGAUCAGCAAUCCAGCGCACAACUUUGUGUUUGUGGGUGAGACGGCAAGCUUCUUGUGCGAAGUGACUGGUAAGCCCAAACCAGAGAUUACCUGGGAGAAGCAGAUAGAGGGGAAGGAGAACACGGUCAUGCGGCCCAACCACGUACGAGGCAAUGUAGUUGUGACUAACAUUGCCCAGCUUGUGAUCUACAAUGCGCAGCUUCAGGAUGCUGGUAUCUACACCUGCACCGCCAAGAAUCUAGGUGGAUCUGUACAGGCUCACUUCCCAUUGUCUGUCAUCCGUAGGGAGCAGGGAAAGGACGACGGCUGGGCAAACUCCACUCGUCUGCCUGCUGAGGAGUGCCUGAAAGCACCUGACAUGGGUGACUGUGGGGAGGAGAGCAUCAGCUGGUACUAUGAGGCCAAACGCAACAACUGCUUCACGUUCACCUACAGCCAGUGCAACAAAAACAGGAAUCACUUUGACACAUAUGAGUCAUGCAUGCUUUCCUGUGGAGCAGAGCUAGCAGCCCCCUGCUCCCUGCCCAGCCUUCAGGGACCCUGUAAAGCCUAUGAGCCACGCUGGGCGUACAACCAUCUCCUUAAGCAGUGCCAGUCAUUUGUCUAUGGUGGCUGUGGUGGCAAUGAGAACAAUUUUGAAAGCAAGGAGGCCUGUGAGGAGACAUGUCCCUUCCCCAAGAACCACAACUGCAAGCUGUGCAAGCCACGGCAGAGGAUGGUCACCAGCUUCUGCAAGAGUGACUUUGUGAUCUUGGGCCGUAUGACGGAGCUGACAGAGGACCAGGACUCAGGUCAUGCGCUCAUCACUGUAGAGGAGAUCCUGAAGGACGAGAAAAUGGGCCUGAAAUUCUUUGGGCAGGAGCCGCUGGAGGUGACACUGCUUAACAUGGACUGGAACUGCCCAUGUCCCAACAUCACUAAUGCAGAGGGCCAACUGAUUAUCAUGGGGGAGGUGCACAACGGCAUGGCAGUGCUGCAGCCUGAUAGCUUUGUUGGCAGUUCCAGCAGCCGCCGUGUACGCAAGCUCCGCGAGGUCAUCAACAAGAAGACAUGUGCCUUUCUCAAGGAGUUUGGCAACACACAAUAGUGUAAUGCUGUUC